AUGUCUUUCCAAAGAAUCACCACCUCCCUCUGGUUCCAGGACCAGGCUGAAGAGGCAGCGCAAUACUACACCACGAUCUUCGCCCCCUACUCCGAAAUCACCACUAUUCAACGCAACACUCCACCCGGCCAAGAUGAUAAAAGAGUCAUGGCUGUCGAGUUUGCGCUCCAAGGUCGUACCUUUGUCGCCCUCAAUGGAGGACCAGUUCCUUGGCAAUUCAACGAGGCUAUCUCAUUGAUGGUCAACUGCAAAGAUCAGGCCGAGAUCGAUUACUACUGGGAGAAGCUCAGCAAGAACGGUGAUGUUUCCCGUCAACAGAGUGGAUGGUUGGCGGAUAAAUAUGGCGUUGCUUGGCAGGUUGUGCCCACGGCGUUUAAGGACAUGAUGGGGUCUGGGGACAAGGCUGCUGUGGGGAGAAUGACUAAAGCUAUGAUGAAGAUGAAGAAACUCGACAUCGCAGAAUUGGAAAAGGCAUUCAAGGGUUGA